AUGCGUCCACGUCGACGUGGAAAUGCUGAGGCAGAAGGCCCACCGAUUGAGGAAUCUUCUUCGGUUGUGUCGUCUCCGGUAAAAUCUACGGAAGUGCAGCUCCCAAAGCGCGGACGACCCAAAAAGUCGCUGGUCGUUGAAGGGGAUGACUUGACUGCGACUCCUGAUGUUAUUCACGAGCCUGUCGUAUCUUCAAGCACAGAGCCGCCCACUUCUGGACGUUCGCGACGCUCGCGCGGAACUGAGGGCAACCUGUGUCCGUACUGCCCUUUCAAUGCUCACAACACCCCUGCUCUCUUGCUGGCACACUUGCGGAACGAUCAUCCGGGCUUGAAGGCUGUCAAGCGCGAACCUGUUGAUGUCGACGAGGCCGCCGCUGGAGCUCAGCCUGAACAGAUUGACGUCACUCCAUCUCCAGUCAAACGGCCGCCCCGCCAUAAGAAGAAGAAGAUCUUCGAAGCUGACGGUGACCCUGUGGACCAGCUCCUCGAUUCCUCUCCACCGGCGGCCAAGAAAGUCGCGCCCAAUACUCCAGCUAUUCUUCGCAACGGCCCGAAGAAAUCCGCGGCACCGGCCGAACCAAAAGCCGUAGUAGUUGCUGAUGUUCCGAAUGUCACCCUUCCUACACCAGAGAAGAAGGUGCCUCCGAUUAAAGCCACCCGUCCGAAAAAGCCGCCGCCGAUGAAUGCAGAAGCUGCCAUGACACCGAUUCCAAUUGGCGAAAACUGGGAGGAGCUUGACGUCGUUGCUGAGCAGCCUCUAGCGCCCCAAACGUCAACUUCGCGUAUGUACAUCGAUGACAUUCGGACGACCGGUCCUCGCUCUCAGCAGCCGUACGUUCGCCAAGUCCAUAUCGACGUCGUGGACGAAAACACCGUGAUUGAUGAGCAGGAAAUCACUGAAGAAUAUGUUGAUGAAGAAAUGAUCACUGAAGAAUAUGUGGAAGAAAUGUCCAGUGGUAUUAAGCAGCCACACGGCGAUGAGAAUCGUUAUGUUGGCGAUGCUCGGUAUACGACAAUGAUGCCCAUGCGCGUAGCGGUGCUCGGUGACUACGGCGAUGAUUAUGAUGUGAUCGACGUGGAGGGCCAAAAUGACGAGAUUUAUGCCAAAGAGGAAGCCAUGUACCAUAUGGAGGGCUUGGGAGGCAAUCGGGCUCGCCCGUCAAGGCACAACCCGCUUGGUGACCCGAACGGCCGUUACCCCUGUUACAUUGAGACGUGUAAAUGGCGCGGAAACUUUCGCUCCGUUAGGUGCACUCAUAUGCGCAACGCCCACCCUGAUUGGGUACGCCCUCCUCGUUUUGUCUUGAACCGCAUUGCUCGAGAUGGCACCGUGCUGCAGGCGAACGACGCAAGCGCCCGCUAUUCUUGCUUCAUUGAUGGAUGCCCGUGGCGUGGAAACUAUCGGGCCAGCCGAUCCAACCACAUGAAAACACAGCACAAGGGAUGGAUCCCGAAGCGAACCAGGGCGGCCAAUGGCGGAUUCGUCGCUAACGGACGCUACAGUUGUCAUGUGGAGGAAUGUGGCUGGCGCGGAAUGAGUCGCUCGACCCGUGCCGUGCAUAUGAAACGCGAACACCCCGGAUUCGUUAAUCCGAUAUACACACCGAGAAAUAUCCCAUGUACUGACUGUGGAAGUUCAAUGACGUCUCACAAGCUUUUCGUGGAUCACAUGGUCGUGGACCAUAGGAUUGGUGGAAUCGUGCAGCGCGAGUUCCUCGACGUUCGGGAAUAUGAGGAUUGGUUCGAAGCGGUCCAAGAUUCCUUCUCGAUCGACUUCAUUAAGAAGAUGGGUAUGAAAAACGGACCAAACUACCAAAUCCUCUACCUCUACUGCGCUCGUUCCGGUGGCUAUUGUCCGACUAAUGGAUACGAUAAGAAGUUGGACCCCAUGGGCAUUUAUGAGCCCCGUUAUGCCAAACACCUUCGUCGUCGCGACAAAUGCGGCCGUAACUGCGCGGCAUUCCUAAGGGUGAUGCAUUGGAACGAUGGCCGCCUAUCGAUUAUCGGCUGUGUCGAGCACACUGGUCACCGUCUUGGAACGGCGCUUCUCAGGCUGUCGCCGAUCGAGCGCGAAGCCAUGGACGAAUAUCUUUACAUGAUGGAGGAGAGUACGCCGCUGGAGCUCAUUAUCGAGCGGCUUAGAGAGAUCGAAGGCUUGACGGCGAACGAGUGCUACGAGCCGCAGCAAAGGAGCGCUGACUUCGGCAGACAGUUCGUCAGGGCUGACCGAGAACACGAAUCAUUGCAAAAGUUGCUGGUUGACCAGGAGACAUACCCCGCCAGCUCGGUAUUUGCCGUCAAUCCACCCCGUGAAGGCCAAUGGACUUUCACUUUUGGCUACAUUGAUGAACAAAUGGCGAACAACUGGAAAACGUAUGCCCACAAGGGUGUUUGCAUUGAUGAGGUGCGCCUGAUGCUGGGUGAAUGGGAUCUGCGCGUGACCCUAGUCCUUGUGUUCGAUGAAGAGCAAUACGUUCGGGUCGCCGCUCUUUACAUCAACGACUCACCGGAUAAGCGACCUCUGUUCGACAAGCUCACCCAAAUUUGGUCUGGCGAAGUGCAAACUUUCGUCACCGAUUGCUCCGACGACUACCCAGCCUUACUGGACCGCUACUUUGGCGAGUAUCAACCGGAAGGCAUGCUGGACUUGCAAUUUGCUGAAUGGCAUCUCUUAUCCGAGUGGUCCAAUAGUGUCGACCAGUUGGUGGUGAACCGAGUGGACAAGUACGGCAUCAUGUGCGCAAUGCGAAGGCUCCUGAGAACAGCCGACAAUCGUGUAUUUGAGCAGACGAUCAACGAACUUUUCGAAGCGCUUCGUGAGAUGCAGCUUGAUGAGGUUGCCCAGUUCGUUGACAACCAGCUCGAGCCAUCUUUCCUUAAACGUUGGUCGCCAAACGAACGCAACCCUCUCACCGAGCACAGCAAUCCGAAUCUAGAAUUCGCAUGCAGGAUGCUCCGCGAGCGGUACAUUUCCUGCGAACAGUGUUCGCGCAUUGAUGAAUACCUUGGCUACCUCGUUGCUCGUGUCGUUGAAUACAAUGGAAGCCCGCUCUUCCCGAUUGAGAACACACGUGAACCGGAUCCUCCCCGCGAGCUGCCUCAGAACUACAUUGAGAUGGCCUUGGAUGGGUGCGAGAUGACGGGUCCGGCCGUGCGCCACGAGCUGGUUGAUGACGACGACGAAGAGUGGGAGUUCCAAGGCACCGUACCCGAUGGAGAGCCGCAGCCUCGAUUCUUGGGCAUUGAGGAGCGCAGGAACUACUUGAUGCGCGACUCACAGCAAAUUCACGAGGACCUUGAAAACUCGUUGUCGAAAGAGGAUGCUAUGAUGAGCGAGAAGCCGGAGAUCAUUGAAGAAGUCGUCGAAGAGGAGAUCGUCCUUGCGUUUGAUCAGGCGGAGUUGGUCGAGCAGAUGAUGCAGAACGGCGAGCUGAUCAUGGAUGAAGAGACUGAGACUCUGGUACAGCCGAGCGGCAAGAAACAACGCUUACUGGACAUGGUCAAUAGUCUUACCGGAUCUCUUCAAAAUAUUCCCGACGAAGAGCUGGAACUUGUUGGAGGUUCGAUCGAGGAAGUGGUGGAGAAGGUUGCGGCGGCCACCCCUCAAAAAGCCAAGGAU